AGUGCCACUUGUUCAAGAUGAAAGUGUCCGACGCCUGGCCCGGUCUAGACGACGCCUCUGCCCUCGGCUUCGACAAAUGCUUCACCGCCUGGCUCACGAACCCGCGUCGGAUCCUUCCCGUCGCGACGUCCGCCUCGUCCACCAGCGACGGUUCGAACAGUGACAACGCAGUGAAGGGUUACCUCAGCAAGAAUCUCACGCACUGCUUCGUUUCCGGGACCGAAGCCAGCCCGUGGUGGAGGGCGGAUCUGGGUGUUUCGAAGAAGGUUGCGCAGGUCCGGGUGCAUGUACGGCAGGACGAUACUGUUGGAGGGUUCUUAGACGUCGAAGCUCGCCUGGGGGACUCAGCAGUCUAUGAGGACAAUGCCGUGUUUGAUUUCAAAGCCGGUGAGCCUAUCAAGAAUGCAGAGGUCCUCUUUGCGCCCUCUAAACCCUUGAGCGGGCAGUACUUCUUUCUCCAGAGUCAAGGAUCCUCGUCUGAUAAUAAACUAGCUUUCUGCAGCAUAGAAAUUCUGGAACAAGAGCUGGAUCCAGUGCUCAGAAACUGCAAGGAUGUAUACGACCACGGCAACCGCAAGAGUGGCGUUUACACAAUAUAUCCCUACAUGGGCUGCCUCGAUCCCGUUAACGUGUACUGCGACAUGGACACCGACGGCGGUGGGUGGACGGUCUUCCAGAGGCGCCGCGACAUCACGCCGAGGCUCGACUUCUACCGCACGUGGGACGAAUACGCUCGCGGCUUCGGGGACGUCGCGAAUGGAGAGUUUUGGCUCGGGAACGAACACAUCCACGCCCUCACGGACCAGACGACCAACGAGCUCCGGGUCGAUCUAGAAGACUUCGAGGGCGGAACUCGGUGGGCCAAAUACAGCAGCUUCUUCGUGGAUGACAGGGACCAUUUCUUUACCAUGACCCUGUCGGGAUACACAGGGGAUGCGGGCAACUCCCUCGGUAUUCAUAAUGGCCAGAAGUUCUCGGCGAAGGAUAGAGACUUGGACAACAAGGCGGAAUUCUGUUCUAACUCAUAUUUUUCUGGUUGGUGGUAUAACGCAUGUCACGAAGCUAGCCUCAACGGAGAGUACCUGGGAGGUGAACACUCACUCUACGCAAGGGGAAUUAUUUGGUAUAGAUGGCAUGGAUAUUACUACUCCCUAAAGGCCUCGACCCUUAGGAUUCGACCGGCCACCUGAUACCAAUCGAUAUUGAUGGCAUGACAGUUUGAGAAAUCAACCCCUGUCAUCCACAGCUCACGUUUUACCAAAUUUAAGUGACAAUUUAGUAAAUGUGAACUGAAGGUAGAGGAAGUUUUAAUUACACACUUUACCCCUUUAUGGUUGUAGAUUAAUAAAGGAUAUUAUGUUCUGAUGUUGCUGUAUUUCUUCACCCCCAACUAACAGGUGCC